GUGCCAUAUGAGCGACGUAAGACAAACGGGGUCGUCUGCGCCAGCAUUGGUCGCUACGUCACCUCCCGCAAGGCCCCCUUCUUCUCGUCGCUCAUGUGCAACCGUCCUCAGAGCCACAGCCCCAUCGGGUUGCGUCGUGAUAGACGAGCCGUCCGCGGAGCGUUUCUCCGUCGUGAUUUGUAGCCAUCAGCAGCUCCCAUCUCUUGAGAUGCAUGCGCUGCUGCAGAGGUGCGCUUCUGCCGAUCUCGAGGCGCAGUUUGGCGCCGGCUCGGCAGGCCGACCUCUCUCUUCGUGUACCGCCGUGCGCGACGCCAGGGCCGAGCUCCGAGCCCGCGUUCGGGGGGCGCGGCACGGGACAGCGUCCGCGCGUCCACGACAUCGGGGUCGCGGCUCUGGACUCUCGAGCGGUGCACCGACGCGCGAGCACGGUCCAGGGCGCUGGGAGUCGCAGGGCGCGGCCGGCCCGGGCGGCAGCCGGACAUGUCUGGCCAGCUCGUGUGUCCAGCGCUCGGCCCCUCUGCGGCGGAGAGUGGGGGGCCAUGCCAAGGAGCGCCCUGCCUGCCUCCAGGUUACCAUGGGUGCCAUGGGUUUCGAUGCCACCUGCGUUUACCAAACCAAAGGCGAG